AUGGAUUACUGUGGGCCGUUUCUCGUACGUCCGCUGAUUGGGAAAGGUUCGUCGGUAAAAGUUUACGUAUCGUUGUUCGUUUGUUUGGUGGUGAAGGCCGUACACCUCGAGGUCGUGCCGGACUUGUCGACCGCCGCGUGCAUCAACGCCGUCAAACGUUUCAUCGCGUAUCGCGGCCGUGUCCUCGAAUUGCAUUGCGACAACGCGACCACAUUCGUCGGAGCGGAUCGCGAGCUGCGCAAGCUACGAAAGGAGUUUCAACAACAAUUCAAGUCCAAAGAAUGGGGCGAGUACUGCACAGGGAAUGGCAUCACGUUUCGCUUCAUCCCUGCCCGCUCUCCACACUUCGGAGGCAUCUGGGAAAGCGGAGUGAAAUCCUUUAAGUACCAUUUUCGUCGCAUCAUGGGACAGAAGGCCUUCUCCAUGGACCAACUCCUUUCUGUCGUAGCCCAGAUUCAGUCCGUCCUGAACUCUCGUCCCCUCGUUUCCAUGUCCGACUCCCCUGAUGACCUGUCCGCUCUGACUCCAGGGCAUUUCUUGAUUGGGGAGCCUCCUGUCUCCAUUGCUGAGCCGGACCUACUUAACCUGUCCCCUAAUCGCGUCACCCGUUUGCAGGACAUGCAACGCUCCGUUCAGGACCUGUGGCGCUGCUGGUCACGAGACUACGUUAGCCAACUACAACAGCGCAGCAAAUGGAGGCGCCCAUCCGUAGACAUUCUUAAGGGUCAAUUAGUACUGCUGAAGCUCGACAACUACCCGCCUCUACAAUGGCCCCUCGGGCGCAUCAUCGAAACUUUCACCGGUUCGGACGGACGAGUCCGAGUUGUUGUGGUUAGGACAGCUUCUGGCCAAUACAAGAGGGCAAUCACGGAGGUCGCUAUUCUCCCGAUCGAGUCGGGAGAUGAACCAGUGGACACAUCGACGUCAACAUCAACUAAAGACGUGGUAAUAAGUUGA